CGUAAGCAACAGUGCCACGUCAGCAGUGCCCCACCACCAUGACGGGCGCAGCUCUGGGCAUGCCAGGCCAACUGGCCAACGAAUCUAUUGUCGACUACAAACAGCGGUUCCAGACUCAGCUCGCACUGAUCGAGGCUGAGGAACAGCGCCAGCUGGCAGUCGAGGCUGCCCGCCUACAGGCUGAAGCAGCGGCAACAGCUGAGAAGCAGCGGCUUCAGGCCGAAGCAGAUGCAGAUACCCAGGCACGCCGAAAUGAAGCCCAGGAUCUGCUGCAACGGCAUGAAGCCGCCAGCAUCGAAAGGCUCAAGUUUUGGCACUUUGAACCAUCCGAGGAGCACGACGACGCGACAUUGAAGGAGCAGCACUGGAAAUUCAUGGCCAAACUCGUGACUCGGUUGGUUUACACUUGUAACCACCUGCAGUCCGAGCUGGCGAAUAUGCAGCGGGCCAUGCGGAACCACAAGGCUCGGCAUAGGGAUGCAGCACGGGCACUUGAUUCCCUUAUGCAGGACUUGGAGCAAGUUGCACCACGACCGAAGGCUGGCGAGUCCAGCAAUGCACCCUCUGCCCGCCAACUUGAGCAACGCGUCCACCACGUCGUCGCAAUGCUCGGCCACAUCAGCACCUUCACUGCGUCAACCACCAUCAGCAAACAGCUGGACACCUUGAAGACCAAGGUUCAGCAACUGCAGCCGCCUAACAAGGAUGGCAACAGCACAACGCAUUAUAAGAUGCCGACAUUCCAAAUUCAGAAGUUCGAUGACUACACGCAUCAAGACCCGGUCCUCUGGUGGGAAGGCUUUACGACGCAACUGCGGAUUCUGUUCGUCGCCAAGCAUGCGUACAUCAGCGCCCUGUUUCUCAACUCAAAGGGCGGAUGCCAGACCUGGUUAAGCCACCUGGCAUCCACCCACGGCGUCGACGUCGCAGAUCUGAAAGACAAGAUCACAUGGGAAGAGUUAACACGGCUAUGGAAGAAGCGGUUCAUCGUGGACGACGCACCUGCACUCGCCAUCAACCGUCUCUUCAACAUGACACAAGGCAACACAGCAACACGUGACUGGCUCACGGAAUGGCAGAAGAUCGCGGCAACGCCCGGUCUCGACUUGCCAUUUUCGGAUCUGCACCGCGAGUUCUACAACAGGUCAUGUGCGGCAUUGAGCCUUGCUCUUGGUGAUCGCGAGCAGUAUGCAACCUUCGCUGAGAUCAUUGACAAGGCGAGGGAGAUCAUCAAGACCAACAGGGCGGCUGCACACGAGAAGUCAACGUGGCAGCCAACCUAUGUGGAGAAGGUGAAAACUGAUCCGCGACCGCAGCAGUUCGCUGCAGUCCAAUCGGACAACAUUGUGGAAGACUCGACAGCCACCCAAGCGUCAUGUGAGGGAGAUCAGGUGGCUGUUGUCCAGCCGCGAAGCAACAACAAGUCCCGAGGAAAUGGGAAGGCGAAAACCGCAUCGCCGGCCGAAAACGGACAGCCAGCACCAUGGGUCAAGUUUCACAUGACCGAGGCCGAGUACAAGUACCGCGACCGUUACGGCUGCUGCUAUUGGUGCAAUAGCACCAAGCACAAGACCUCCCUCUGCCAGGAUCAGGGCAAGGAGGAUGUUCGGCCUCAUUCGGCCGCCUUGCUAGCGACCUCCUACACAUCUGGGGAGGAUGCGAAUGUCGUAAGUUCUCGGUAUGCUUACGAGGACUAUGCUGUCCACUUGGUGCCACCGUUGGACCAACCGCUCCACGUGCAACAAUCUAACGCAUGCACGGUUUCAUCACCAUCGACAACCGAUUCGGCAGCUUCGCCGCCAUCUACCGCCGGGGAUUCAAUGUCAUGGUCAAGACUCGAAGAGCUCGACCCGUUGACAUUUGCGGACUUCCAAUGGAUGCCCCUUCCCCGGUCCGAUCGCUUGCCGAAACCGCAUUGCAACGUGCUCAUGGCACAAUUGCAGGAUUACUUGCACACUGCAGUACCAACUCUGUUGAUGGACGCCGGAGUAGAGGUUGUCGACCUUCACGCCUACAUUACGAAGAUCAACCGCGUGUUCAAGACACAAUGGUACGACGACAUCGACGCACUAUUGUUAUAUGUACGCAUUCAGAUCGGAGAGGCGACCUGCAGCGCUUUGAUCGAUUGCGGAGCAUCUCGCAACUACAUUUGCCAGGACUUUAUGGUACGCGCCGGCCUUGGCCCACGCGUCCGGAGGAAGUCCCAGUCGACGCAAAUCACGUUGGCAGACGGUCACACGCACAAGUCAAUAGACCGGUGCAUAGAUGACGUCUCCGUGUACUUUGCCCCGCAUGCAAGCGAGGCGGUGUCCUUCGACAUCUUGGACACCAAAUUCGACAUGAUCUUGGGCAUGUCAUGGCUGCGAAGCGAGGAUCACCCAGUGAACUUCUACCACUGCACCGUUCACGUUCGUGAUCGGAACGGAGUACUAGUCCCAUGCACGGUAGCUCCUCCUCACCCUUCGAUCAGCUGCCACGUGGUGUCCGCCGCAAGCAUGCGAGCUUCCAUCAUCAGAGACGACAUCGAGGAGAUGGGCGUAUGUUUUCUCCACGCCCUCCCGCCCCAUGACGCUUCAUCGACGGACUCAUCUUCAGACCCACACAUCACCGAGCUUCUCGACGCCUACGGCGACGUGUUCGAAGGCCCGCACGAAGUAGUACUGGAUCGGCCCAUCCGCCACGAGAUCAUCCUCGAGGACGGGGCCGUACCUCCGCACGGUUGCAUCUACCUAAUGAGCGAGGAAGAGUUAAGUGUGCUUCGGGCACAACUCGACGACCUUCUGGAGAAAGGCUGGAUUCGGCCUAGCUCAUCGCCAUACGGUGCUCCUGUUCUCUUCGUCCGGAAGAAGAACAAGGAUUUGCGGUUGUGCAUCGAUUAUCGCAAGCUGAACGCGCAAACGAUCGAAAACGCCGGCCCUCUCCCACGCAUCGACGACCUUCUCGAACAACUGGGCGGCGCCAAGUUCUUCUCCAAGUUGGACCUCAAGUCGGGAUAUCACCAACUCGAGAUUCGGAAGGAGGACCGCUACAAGACCGCGUUCAAGACGCGAUAUGGGCAUUUCGAAUGGCUGGUUAUGCCAUUUGGCCUUACGAAUGCCCGGGCCACUUUCCAAGCGGCUAUGACAACGGAGUUCCGACACAUGCUGGAUCGAUUCGUACUUAUCUACCUCGACGACAUCCUGGUGUACGUCCGGAGUUUGGACGAGCAUGUGGAACACCUGCGCACCGUUUUGGAGCGGCUACGACAAGCCAGAUACAAAGCCAACCGCGACAAAUGCAAAUUCGCGCGGCAGAAGCUUGGAGUACUUGGGACAUUAUGUGACGCCGCAAGGCAUCCGUCCGCUUGCGGACAAGAUCGAGGCCCUCCGCUGCCUCCCAUCAAUUCGCUUGAUAAUGCAAGGAAGAAGGAGCUGCUCGCGUUCGUGAUGACUCUCAAGCGAUGUCGACACUUCCUCCUUGGGCGUCGUAGGUUCAAAUGGGUCACGGACAACAACCCAUUGACCUACUACAAGACGCAGGAUACGGUGAGCAGCACGAUCGGACGAUGGAUGUACUUCAUCGACCAAUUUGACUUCACACCGAAACAUCUUCCCGGCCUCUCCAAUCGCGUAGCAGAUGCACUCUCGCGAAGACCUGAUCUUUGCGCUAUGACACAUCAUGCCUUCGCAUUCGACAAGGAACUUCAGCGACACUUCAUCCGGGGAUAUGAGUCGGAUCCGGACUUUGCCACGUUGUAUCCGCAACUAUCUUCAGAUCACCCGCCGGCCAGCCACUAUCGCAUUGCCGACGGGUACUUGCUCCUCCACUCAAGAGGCAAGGACUUAUAUUGUGUCCCACGAGACCGUCGUCUUCAGACUUGCCUUCUCGACAUUGUCAGCGACCGCCACACUCGCUUCAUGUCGGCAUUUUGGAUUGCUCUCAUGCAGGAGUCCGGCACGAAGAUGAAACCAAGUUCGGCUCGGCAUCCACAGACGGACGGGCAAACGGAGCGGGCACAUCAAACCGCUCAAAUGAUGCUUCGUACGCUCAUCCGUCCGGACCAGAAAGAUUGGGUUGACCGCCUCCCCGACAUCGAGUUCGCCUACAACACUUCGGUGCACCCGGCGAUCAGCGUGACUCCAUUCGAGUUGCACCAUGGUGGAUGGAAAGGCCGUAUCUUCGCCGACCUUCUCCUCCCACGACCAGCCGAUAUCGACGCCGCUUGCUCUCCCGCUUCCGUCCGGAAGUACAGGGAAUUGUUGGCUCAAGCCCGCGCGAACAUGCAAAAGGCUCAAGUCCGCAUGCAGCAGCAAGCCAACAGGCGUCGCGUGCCAUGUCCCAUCCGCGUCGGUGAUCUGGUUUGGGUCUCCGCGGAAGAGUUUGCACUGGAACAAGAUGUUUCACGCAAACUGCUUCCCAAGUGGUUUGGACCAUGGCCCGUAACAUCAGCCGCGAGGGAUGAGCCCGAUGACCCUUCAUUUGUGAUCAACAUCCCGGCGCAUCUGGACAGUCCAUCCAGUCUUUCACGCCUCGAAGCUGGAAACAUAUACACCAGCUAAGAGCGACGACUUCCCGGGCCGACGAUCACAGGACCCUCCUACGAGCGACAAAGGUUAGCUCAGGGACCUU